AUGUCCUCUCACUUGGCGCAUGAACACUUCUCUGAAAGACAGGCUGCCGAGGAACCUGACUGGAGUGAUGAUGUUGGCCAGGUCAUCAUGGCUGUCGACUUGAAGGAGCGUGGUACCGUUGGCUGCUCCUAUUAUGUCGUGUCAGAGGGGCGGCUCUAUAUUCUCGGUGAUAUCCAACUAGGGGGAAAGGAUGUUAUUGAUAUGUUGAAACUUGAAGUUGGGCCGACGAUGCUGCUUGCUUCAAUGCGAGCCGAGGAAGCUGCAGCAAAUCUGCAACAUAAUCGUGAUGAUCAAUUCCGUUUUCCAUACCAGCUCGACAUCCGACCUGCCCAAGAAUUCAAUGUCAGCAGCGCAAAGGCAAAAUUAGCUAAUCUGGAUAUCUUUCAGCAGGAAGAACUUGCUCAGUUUUUAGUGCCUGGAAACGGGUUAACGCAGAUUGAGGAGGUAAAUGAUGAGAAUGUUGGAUUUUCGUUUGAGAAGGGAAAGCUUCUGCGUCUCGCGGGAGUAGUUGAUAUCGAGAAUUCCGUUUCUAUAGGGUGCACCGGAGCCGUCCUUACCUAUAUACACCGACAGAGAACGAAUGAGCAAACUAUUUCUUUGGAGAGGGACAAUGUGAGUGAGCAUGCAUAUAAGAAAUGUCUGGAUUUAUUACUUAAAUGUAGAAGGUACAUCAGCCCAGAUACUCUUUCCUCACUGCAAAUACUACAGUCUGAGUCUCAUCCGAAUGUUUUCAAUCAGGGACCAGGAAAAACAUCCUCGCAGGGGAAAGAGGACUUCUCCUUGUAUGGUAUUUUUCAUCAACACCUCCUUACACCCCAAGGAAAGAAGCGCUUAAAACAAUAUUUUCUCCGCCCCAGUAUUGAGUUGGAUAUCAUAUCGAAGAGACAGAAUAUAGUUGAUGUACUCUCGCGGCCUGUCAAUGCAUCUGUGGUGCAAAAACUAAAUGCUAGUCUCAAAAAGACCAAGAACAUGCGCCCAAUAAUAACGAGUCUUCAUAAAGGUCUCAGCACUGGGAAAGGCACCUUUGGAGGGUUCAAAGCUUACUGCCGAUUCGUUAUAAUUGCUAAUGCCUCAAUUCAGUUUGCAUUCUAUGCCAUUGAUCUCCAAGACGCAGUGGGAGAGAUAGCUUGGCAAGAUUCGAUAGCGUUUCGUGAUAAGGCUCUCAAAGUUCUCGAUGGUUCCAGCCUUUACAGCGUGGGAAAUUUAAUUUAUACUACGGUUGAUAUUGAGGAGUCUCAGCAGCAACAACGCACGAUUGUGAAAUCUGGUGUAGAUCGAGAACUUGACCUUACGAAAGACCGUUAUAAUGGUCUAGAUAGCCUGUUAAGAGAGGUCGCUAUCAAUAUCGCUUCUACUAUACCCGGACAACUUGCUAUCGAUGUUAACGUGAUAUACUUCCCACAACUAGGGUUCAAUAUCGCUAUUCCCUUUGACAACAGUGGACGCGCGGCGUACAUAGGGAGGGAUAGAAAUUGGGAGCAAAUAUUCACAACUGAGAACCGGGCUUACUUUAAAGAUGAUCGAAUGAGGGAAAUGGACGAGGAGCUAGGUGAUAUCUAUGGGCUAAUCUGUGAAAGAGAAAUUGAAAUUGCCCAUGAACUCGCCCAGAAAGUCCUGGUUUAUGAGAAAAUUCUUUUAGAGUCUUCAGAUCUGUGCGGAGAGCUCGAUUGCUAUCUUGCAAUGGCAAAAACUGCGAGUAUUUACAAAUUUGUACGACCACAGAUUUCGGAACGAAACACAAUACGCAUCGAAGAUGGACGACAUCCCCUUCAGGAGCUUACAGUUGCUUCAUACGUCCCGAAUGAUGUUUAUCUCCAUGGUGGCGAGGAGCCAAAUCCAUUACAGAGUGAAAAUGAGGUUGCUCCUGAAGCCUUUGCAAGUUCUCCGAGUAUGUUAAUAUUAACUGGACCAAAUUAUUCCGGGAAAAGCGUGUAUAUGAAACAAAUCGCUUUGAUCGUAUAUCUGGCCCAUAUAGGAAGCUUUGUCCCCGCUGGAAAAGCUGAGAUAGGUAUCACGGACAAAAUUUUGACACGUAUCAGUACUCCAGAGACGGUCUCCAAGAUACAAAGUACAUUUAUGAUAGAUCUACAGCAGAUGUCUCUACUAUUAAAACUUGCUACAGACAAGAGCCUCAUUGUCAUUGACGAAUUUGGUAAAGGGACAGGGAUUAAUGAUGGAGCUGGUCUUGCCUGCGGUAUAUUUGAAUAUCUCCUGAGUCUCGCGGACAAAAGGCCAAGAGUGCUUGCAGCUACUCAUUUUCAUGAGAUAUUUGAGAAUGGAUUUCUUCCUCCGAGAAAGUUUCUCGAAUUCGGUCAUAUGGAAGUAAGGGUUGAUGAAAGCACUCGUGACACUAAAGAACAGCUUACCUAUCUCUAUAAUUUCAAACUAGGCCGCAGCAACCAGAGCUUUGGUACCUUUUGCGCUGCAAUGAACGGUAUCGAUCCUGCCAUCGUUUCGAGGGCAAAUGAGUUGGUUUCGUUGUCGGCUCGAGGUGAGAAUCUGGUGUCGGCUUGUGCUAGAUUAUCUGAGAAGGAGAAGAAGAUAUUAGAGGAAGCGGAGACUACUGCUCGGAAUUUCUUAGGGUUAGAUCUCUCUACUUGCCCUGAGACAGGGAUCAAAAACAAUUUAGCGGGUCUAUUAACCAGAACAGAAAUAUUCUAUACACAUUGA